UUAAUCCAAUAACAAAAGAAGAAAAUGUCUCCCAUCAGCAAAAUUGUUAUCCUUUGUGUGGUGCUAAGUGCUUCAGUGGUUAAUGCACGACCAGGUUAUGCGGUCGAUUAUUAUGAUCAUCCCAAAUAUGCCUUUAACUAUGGCGUUGCUGAUCACACAACUGGCGAUGUCAAAUCACAGCACGAAACACGUGAUGGUGAUGUAGUAAAAGGACAAUAUUCACUGGUAGAACCUGACGGCUCAAUACGUACCGUCGAUUAUACUGCCGAUUCCAUUAAUGGUUUCAAUGCCGUUGUAACCAAAUCAGGACCCACCGUACAUGCUCAAGCUGUUGUGGCUAAACCAGUGGCUGCUGUUGCACCCGUGGCACAUGUUGCCCCUGUGGCUGUAGCUCCCAAGCCAGUGGUGGCAUAUCAACCUGCCUACAAACAUGUGGCACAAGCGCCAGUGUAUGUGGCAUCAUCUGCACCAUAUGUUCAUAAAUCAUAUGUUGCUCCCGCACCCAUACACUACGACUACGAUGAUGGCUACUACAGCAAUGGUCAAUAUGAAUAUGUGCCCCAUUAUGGAUCUUAUGGACAUCAACAUCAGCAUUAUGCCGGCCACUAUUAAUUC